UUUUCCACGCAAUUGUGAGUAUUUUGAGUAAACCACUAUAACCUACUUCCUUUUUUCCCCCUGAACAGCACUCAAGAGAAGGAUGUUAAAGGAUUUUUACAUUUCUUUAACUCCAGGAGGUAAUAUUUAUUCUCUUCUAUUGAAUUUAGUUUUUCUUUGUAAUAUUUGCUGCUGUUUUGGGAGAGGAGGGUACACGGUGCUGAGGAAUUGGAGGUGGUGAGGCAGCGGCAGAGUAAUCGGCGGCAUAGGAGGUGGUGAGGCAGCGGCACAGUAAUCGGCGGCAGGGUGGUACAGAGGAGGAACGCUGCCUCGGAGCGCGUCGCGCAUACCGAAGGGAGCUGUUGACUGACAGUCGGAGGAACGGAGCGCCCCGUGCGGCUCAGGAGCAGAGCGCGCUAAUCUCCCCGCAGCCGUUUCUGUCAAACAGCAGCCACACCAGACCGGCGCCAAAGGAGGCUCUCUCCAGCACACAAGCUCGACGCAGGAGUCAGAAAAGGACGCGGCCGCUUUUGCGCGCCUAUCCCAUCCUGUCUGCGCCCGUGAACGCGGAGCAGCUCUACGUUUAAAACUAUCCUAGGAGCGGACGGACGAAGAGGUCAGGCUGCAUUCAUCGGUCCAAGACGAUUUCUGUGAAAUUCCUUCCUCUGGAGUAAAAAGACUACCCUCUGUGUUGGAUAAAUGGUGGCUGUUCUUCUUUUUUGCGUUUUCCUGUGAAAAUGACAUUUUUAAAACAUUUUUGAGUCAGAUUAAAUACAAAAGUGGAAAAAGACAAACUAAAUGCAUCCUUUUAGGCUGGAUUAAAGGAUAGAGAUUCAGGAAACUCUCGGAAAGGAUUUUGAGUCUCAUUUUGGGGCGCAGUGUUUGUGCCAUUGAUUUUUCUUACACCAUUCUCACACCUUCAGCCCAGUUUUCACAUGGAGUAGGCUCAAUCCCUGCUGAAGACUUUGAAAGAGUGGGUUCAUCCUUUGUCGCUUGGAACAAACAGGCAAGUCUGAUGCGCAGUUUCUUCGUGGGAUGGUAAAUGACCGAUGGGGAACCAUGAACAGCUCUUCUGAACUCGAAGAUGGAACUCGGAAUAAAAACCAGACGUUCUGUGAAUGUGUGCCCAGCUCCUCCCAACUCAAACACCGCUGGUCAGACUCAGAAACUACCAGGGAGACUCCGGCCAAGAGGAUGAGCUGCAGCUACCUGCUCUGCACUAUCCUGCUUUUUGUCGCUGUGCUGCUGGCUGUCACUGUAACCGGCACCAUCCUGUUUAUGAACCACUACCAGGCCCCGCCCAUGUCCGAUGGCCUACCCCACAUCUCCACCAAUCAGGACGAGGGGAAUGCCUUGGUCACCGUGGAAAGAGGAGAUGGCUCUCGCAUCAACAUCUUCAUCGACCCCAACUGUCCUGACUACAACAGUAAUUUCCUUCGCCUGGAGGGUGUGCAGACCUCACUGCUGCACUCCCUGACUGACCAUGACUCUGACCUGAAGUCGGUGAAAGGUCAGGACCGUGCCCUCCUCGUCAGUCUGGCAGAAGAGGUGGCCAAGCUCUCGGCUCAUGCGGGGCAACUGAAGAUGGAAUAUGAGUCUCUACGCAGAGGCCAGGGCAGCCUGGGGCAGGAUCUGAAUGCGCUACAGACAGAACAGGGCCGCCUCAUACAGCUGCUCUCGGACAGCCAGAUCAACAUGGUGAAGGUGGUGAACUCUGUCAGUGAUGCUCUCAACGCCAUGCAGAAGGAGAACGUGGGUCUCAAGGCUCGUGUCAAAGCUGAUUUACAGAGAGCCCCGGUGCGUGGAGCUCGCCUGAAGGGCUGCUCAAAUGGCUCCCGCCCCCGCGACUGUGGUGAUCUGUACGCCAGUGGUCAGAGAGAAGAUGGCAUCUACUCCGUGUUUCCGCUGCACCACCCCACAGGCUUCCAGGUCUACUGUGACAUGACCACCGAAGGAGGAGGCUGGACGGUGAUUCAGCGCAGGGAGGACGGCUCGGUCAACUUCUUCAGAGGAUGGGAGUCCUAUCAGGAAGGAUUUGGCAGAAUCACUGGUGAACACUGGCUCGGCUUAAAGCAGAUCCAUGCACUGACCAUCCAGGCCAACUAUGAGCUUCGUAUCGACUUGGAAGACUUUGAAAAUAGCACAGCAUACGCCCAGUAUGGCACCUUUGGAGUGGGCCUCUUCUCGGUGGACCCUGAUGAUGAUGGAUACCCUUUGACCGUUGGCGAUUACUCCGGCAAUGCAGGUGAUUCUCUUCUGAAGCACAAUGGAAUGAAGUUUACCACCAAGGACAGAGACAACGACCAAUCGGAGAACAACUGCGCCUCCUUCUACCAUGGGGCGUGGUGGUACCGAAACUGCCACACAUCCAACCUCAACGGCCAGUACCUGCGCGGCCAGCACACGUCCUACGCUGACGGUAUCGAGUGGUCCUCCUGGACUGGUUGGCAAUAUUCCCUCAAGUUCUCUGAGAUGAAGAUCCGCCCCACCCGCGACCCUGACAAUAAAUAAAACUGACAGAAGAGGUAUAAAAAAGAAGAGUAAAGAAGACAUUUUUUGAAACAUUAUAAACAAUUUCUGACAGCGACAUGGAGUCUUGAUGUUUAUCCACAGAAAAGGACCUCUUCGGAUUUAGUUUAGUUUGCCUCAUGGUGUCUCUCCUCUUUCUAAUUUUCCACCAGUCAGCAACUACUCACCCCGUCUGCCUUCAUCCCCCUUUUUUUAAAACAUGUUUGGCCCUAAUGCCCUCAUUUUGGAUCUUUCCGUUGACAAAAAAAAGCUAAUCAGAUCAUCAGAUCCCAGAGCUCUCUGUCCACAGGGCCAGCUUUAUCCAGGCUGACUUGGUGGAUCAGCGUUGGCCAAAAAAAUCACACAUACACACAUAAGUGAUUUUUUUUCUUUUUUUUUUUGUGUGUGUGUGAUUUUGACCUCCCAUCUGUGCUGACAUGGCAUGUAGCUGGUCUUCUUUUCACUGUCCAUCGCAGCAGAAGCUGUGACAGGGUUGCCUAUCACGUUACAGAAUAUGGCUCGCCCUUCUCGGAGUACAAGCAGGAGGUACUGAUUCGGAAGUUUCACCUGAAGAGGGGGGAAAGCACGGCGGUGCAAUAUCCAGUUCCAUUUUCUAUCCUUCAUCCGUGUGACUGAAACCCAGCUGGAAAGUGGCAAGAAGUGCAGAGAGAGCCUCGGAUAACGAGAGAAAGAAAAAUGAAGAAACAAGCUGUCAGGAGUACAAUUGGUCAGAGAAAGGGGAAGACGGAGCAUCAAAGGGCAGAGAGGAAGUGGAGAGAAAAGGAGGUGCAAAAAGGAUGAAAAUGGGGGGGGCAGAAAGAAAGUGGUGGAUCUUAUUCAUCUGACUUGGGCCAUUAGGGAGCAUAUUGGGCACUUUGUCUGAUCUGCCUGCCAGCUGAGGAGUGGCCAAUUCAUGCAACUCUCACAGAUGGUAACCCAGCACUUUGCAUGAGUAGGUGUGUGCGUUUGAAAGUCUGCGUCUCCCACAGACAGACAGACAGACAGACAGACAGAACUCUCCAUCAGCUUCCUGUUAUGACUUCAGACACACGUCUUGACCGAGCGCAGGCAAACAGAACGAUGCACAGCCGGCAUACUUUCACUCCAUCCAAAUAAUUGGGGAAAUAACCCAGCAUGGAAGCUACGCUCUGCAUUAGAAAGGAGACGGUUUGAAAGAGACUACAAAAGAGCCAAACCUGUUAGGAAGAUGUGACAUCCUCUGCUUCAAGCUCUUUUGUUGUCUUCUGUAAAGUUUUAUUCUCCUUUCCAGUGGGUUUAUUAUGGGAUUUUCUUGUGUGACACUGUUUUCUGCUGUCUUGCAAACACGGUAAAAGUUGCUGUCAAAUAGGAUUUGAAGCUCUGAACCAAUUUUCUUUCUUUCUUUUUCUUUUCUUAGUAGAUUCUAUGUGUCACAGCAAAGUCGGGAUUGCCUAAAGCUAAAAAAAAAAGAUAACAAUAAUGAGAAAAAGUAUUGUUUAAAAAAAGAAAAGGUGGUUUUCUUUUAUUAAUCAAUGAUUUCUUUUGGGAUGGUGUAAGAAAAGCUUUAAAAUAUCUGCAGAUUUUAUUGUACAGUGUAUGACUUUUGGAGCAUGUGAAUCGUUCCAUACUAUGCUAAAACACAGAAACGGCUUAAGCACACGGACAAAACUCAAAAGAAGAACAUUUCCUCGACAAGGUGUGCUGCUCUGACGGCUGGAUGAAGCACACUCUUUCAAAUCUGCAGCACAAAAAAAAAAAAAAUGGUUUUAUUUUUUCGGGGGGGUGUCAAUGUAAGCUGUUUCCAACUUUUGUGGCACUUUAGCUGCCGGUCUAGAAGUAGUGGUCCUUUCUGGUUUCUGGAAAGUUCUCAUGAAACAAGGAUGCAGCUUUUGGUUUGUGCAGAAGUACAGUCACCACAGCUGCGCUCUCGCCGCCCAGGACUGCAUGACGUCGCACCUCCGAGCUGCUGUGAGGGUUUUGCGUCAGCGUGAACUUUUAACCUUUCAUCAAAGCACAGGCGUCUCGGAGGACAAACUUUACAGAGGCUACCAUGGCACAGAGUUUGAGCUAUCGCAUUGGAGGCUUCUGCCAGCUUCUUGAGCUGGAAUGGUAGGACCUCACACGGGGGGAGGGAGGUGCGAAUGUGUGUCACUGCUUGACAUGUUGGGCUGCACAAGCGCGUCUCUGUGCGCGCACACACAGGAGGCUGAAUGUGUCUCAAAUGUGGAUUUUUUCCAGUAAUGUGAUGUACAACCCGCCUUUCCCUGCUGUUUGUGUUGAUAACAGAGAGAUUUACAUUAUUCUAACGAACUAUUACUUAUUGUGAUUGUGAAUCCCGUUAGAGUGGACACCACCCUCUGGUACUGUGUUGAACUGCGCCUGUAAAACCCACUCCCCAACUGUUCACAGCCACACCACAAUGUGCACACUGUAUGUGUUAAGGCUUUGUUGCCCCUUGUUAUUUGAAUGUGCAGACAUGUAUUAUUUGCCAUAGCCCUCUCUGUGUUCCGGUUGAGUGAAUGCCUUUACAGUCGCUCAGUCUUUCCCUGCUUCAGCUUGCUAAGUCUCCACUGGAAAAGAAGAUAAAAGACUGAAAUCAGAGGCUUUAAUCAAUCCCAGUUAUCUUACUCAUUACAGAGCAUCAGGCCCCGUCUUAUCGAUGCCCCAGGUUCCCAAACCUUCUAUAUUUCUUAGUGUGUACCUUCCUAAUUGCCUUAGCUUCAACUUCUAAUCCCCCCUUUCUUCCCAGGCUCCUAAAACAUCCCUACUUUUUUUGUGCAGCUUCCAAUUCCCUCCCUUUCCCCCCUCGUUGUUGCUCCCGCUCUCAUCUCCGUCACUAACUAUUUUUUUUUCUUUUCCUUUUUUUUUUCAGUAAAGUGCUAUAGAUGGUUUUGUUGAAUCUUGAUACUGUGUUUUAAUGUUCCUGUCAACAUUUAAUAAACAUUCACAUUUUAUAAAUGGAGAACAUAA